AUGACUAAGACUUCAGUGCACUGGUUCAGGCAUGGGUUGAGGCUCCAUGACAACCCAGCUUUAUUACACUCUGUGAAAGAUGCCGAAAAAUUUUAUGCCAUAUUCAUUCAUGAUGGAGAAACGGCAGGGACGGAGGUUGCAGGUUAUAACCGCAUGCAGUUUUUGACGGAAGCACUGUGUGAUUUGGAUGCUCAACUAAGGGCAGUUGGUGGUCAGCUGUUUAUAUUCAAAGGAAAACCUGCGGAUGUAAUUAAGAUGCUUCAUGCUGAAAUUAGAAUAACUCGGCUGACCUUUGAACAGGACUGUGAGGCGAUAUGGAAUAAACGCGACAACCAGGUACGCAGUCAGUGCAAAGAGCUCGGCAUAGAGAUCGUGGAGAAAAUCUCUCACACGCUUUGGGAUCCAUUUGAAAUUAUUGAAACUAAUGGAGGUCAGCCCCCUUUGACCUAUGAAAUGUUUGUGCAAGCGUCAGCAGUAUUAGGUCCUCCCAAUCGGCCAGUACCUGAUGUCGAGUGGGAUGAUGUCAUUUUUGGAGAAAUUUCAGAUGAACUUGCCAUGAAGUUACAGCUAUGUCCUCACAUCCCAACGCCAGGGGAACUUGGUUGGAAUAAGGAAUGCGACGAAGAAUCAGUUUAUGUUGGCGGAGAGACGGCUGCUUUAGCACACCUGCAGAAGAGACUGAAGGUUGAGGAGAAUGCGUUUAGGGACUGCUACAUUCUACCAAACCAAGUAAACCCAGAUAUUCUUGGCAAACCUAUGAGUAUGUCGGCAGCAUUGAGAUUUGGAUGCCUCUCCGUCAGAAAAGAUCAUGAGAAUGUGUGCACUUUGAUUGCCAAAGGCCCGAAAGUUUUCAAGGAUGGCAGUAGUUGUUACCCAACCUUUACCAAAAAGCUGGAGGGAUGGAUCCACCAUGUGUGUAGGACGGCUGUUGCGUGUUUCUUGACUAGAGGAGACCUGUGGAUUAGCUGGGAGGAAGGACUGCAUGUGUUCCUGAAAUACCUCAUUGACGCAGAUUGGUCCGUCUGCGCUGGAAACUGGAUGUGGGUCAGCUCCUCAGCCUUUGAACGCCAGCUUGAUUGCUCCACCUGCAUAUGCCCGGUGAACUAUGGGAAAAGAAUUGAACCAACAGGGGAUUAUAUCAGACGUUAUGUUCCUGAAUUAGCUUCAAUGCCACAAGAUUACAUUUUUGAGCCCUGGCUUGCUCCGAAAUCCAUACAAGAAGUGUACAAGUGUAUCAUAGGGCGAGAUUAUCCUGAACGUAUAGUUUCUCAUGAAGAGGCAUCCAAGGCAAACAGGACGAUGAUGGAGAGCAUUCGGGAGAAAAUGACUGUGAAGCCACCACACUGCUGUCCAUCCAAUGUUAAAGAGACGCGAGUAUUCUUGCGACUGCAUGAGGCUUGCUACCACAAUGUUCUUUAGUGGGAUUGGACCCACAUUUGUUACAGUAUAGGAGUGCUGUAACAUGAACGGGGGACUUUUUAACCAGCUGUAAUACCUUGCUAGAUCUACACAUCCAGAUAUGUUUAUGGUACGGUUCAUAUAAUAUGAGGCUUUUGGAGCUGGAUCGAGUAACUCAUUAACACGGGGACAAUUUUGAAGGUUAUUAUUUUUCCCUUUUGAGUUUUCAUGUUCUUUAACUACUAGUUCUGUUAUGUAACUUGUUUUUAAUCAAAGUUCUCUCAAUGUUGGUUAUAAAUAGGAGCUAUCACACUUCUCUGUUUUUCAAGUACUUGUAUCUUGCACUACAAGCCUCCUCUGUGCACAGAGAUCUUCCAUUUUUUUUUCUUAGACUUUUCAUCCAUUUAUAGAUUAUCCUCAAAUCUCAUUUGUUCAUUUGCUUAUCACUUAUUUGUGUUACUUGUAAACACUUUCUUUCUGAUUUUACCAAUAGAUAGACUUUCUGUCUAUUGAGUUCUUCUCCUUUUGUCCCUAAUUAGAUUUUUUUAUUGAGUUGGCCAGGUGACCACAACCCAUUUCCUAAUGCAAUGCUGAUGGGGAGAUUACGUAACAGUGUGUACUGAAUGCAGGAUUACUGUCAGUAAGCACUGCAAGGUCGGUGAUUCCAGUCAUUGUUUACCAUGUAUAAGGGUUCUUUUGGUCUGUUUUUGGAGGGAUGAAGCUUCCAUAUGCAGAACUCUUCUAGACCAUCAGGUAAGCCUUGACAAAUCGCCCGUUGCCCCUUUCCAGUCAGUAGAGGGUUAACAGCAGGACCAACUCUUGUGUUCUCUGCAAAGUGGCAAAAUAUGCCACUUGUGACUGUUGCUCAGAGUGAUUUAUAUGUCACUCCCUCCCCCAAGUGUUUCAUGUCUAGGCUCAGAUUUUUGUUAUUUUUGUGAAAUAUGAAUGAGGAGGGCUUUUCCAUACUAGAUUUUUUAAUAGUGUGCAAUGUUUGAUUAAGAGCUUUAGUGCCUGCAGGUGGUGGGGCACUCACAAAUGGUUGAAUAACAGGUGAUAAGCAAAUUUAAAACUGUAUACAGCAUUGGUUUGUAGAAAAAAAGUUGAUAUAAUUGCACAUUAGGAAACACUACAAAAAACACCGCAACCACCCUAACUCCCUAUCCAUAUACCCCCCCCUCUCUCUCCCUCUCUCUCUCUCUCGCUCUCUCUCGCUCUCUCUCUCUCUCUCUCUCUCUCUCUCUCUCUCUCUCUCUCUCU